AUGCGUUUUUCUCCUCUAUUCUCGCUGCUUUUUAGCAGCGCCUCCCUUGCUUCUCAACUGUAUGCAGCCUCGUACGAUGGCAAGGUUACGGAGUUGGGUCUAUCAAAAUCGGGACAAGGGUAUCAUCUCAAUGUGCUCUCCCAGACAGACAACUGCGGCCCAAGCCCAUCAUGGCUGAUGCCAGAUGGUGAGAAUGGGAUGAUCUACUGCCUAGACGAGGGUAUCGACUCCCCCAACGGGACUUUGACCUCCUUUUCCACCUUGAAUGGCACCCUGGCAAAGAUCGACCAACUCAAGACAAUUGCCGGGCCCGUUGCAUCGGCCUUUUACUCUGCGGCCCAUGCUCCCGAGCGUCAGUUUCUUGUUAUAGCUCACUACUCCGGCUCAGCAGUCACCUCGUACUCCGUCAACCGAACAACCGGGACAUUCAACCUCUCCCAAACAUUCACCUUUGCCAUCCCCAAGCCAGGCCCCGUGCCCGACAGACAAGACGCACCUCAUCCCCACGGUGUCGUCGUCGACCCAACCGGCCACUUCGUGCUUGUUCCAGACCUCGGUGCAGACCUGGUGCGCAUCUUCCGCAUCAAUGAGCGCACUGGCAAACUAAGCGAGCAACGGCCCCUGGUUACGCCCCCUGGCUCUGGACCCCGGCACGGCGUCUUCUGGCUUCCUCAAGCUCAAGAAACCAACCGAGCCCAAGCCCAGGGCUCCAAGUUCUAUCUAGUCUCUGAGCUGGACAAUAUGGUGAGCGGGUACGAUGUAACAUACGCCCAGAAUGGAACCAUGCUCUUCUCCCAGUUCUAUCAGGGGAGUACGUACGGCGGCGCGGCGGCGCCAAGUGGCUCCAAGGCUGCGGAGAUAGCUAUCGCGGUGAGACUUGCCUGUUUUCUACUCCUCCCCCUUCGUAUAAAACAAAAGCAAAGCAAAGCAAAAGCUAAUCCGUGCCCUGGCUCGUUACAGCCCAGCAACGAUCGCCUCCUCGUCUCCAACCGCGGCGACGACACCUUCGGCGCUGGCAAUGACUCGAUCGCUGUCUUUUCUAUCCCUGGGUCUGACGCAACGAGCACCUGCAGCCGUAACGUAUCUUUCACCGGGCUGUACCCAUCCCAUGGUUCUUUUCCACGCCACUUUGAGUUCUCGCCGGAUGGGACGAUGGUUGCGAUCGCGCUGCAGAAUAGCCAUAGCGUUGCGGUCGUUGCUUGGGAACGGAAUGGCGGGUUUGGAUCCUUGCUCGCGCAGGCUGAGCUUGGUGGGGAGGUUACGGCUGUUGUUUGGGGGGUUGAUGCGUGA